AUGGCCAGUUCUGACAGCUCAGCUGCCCUGCCUCAAACUCCUAACCUUACUUCUUGUAUUAAGCAAGGACCACAAGGACCACAGAACCCUGGGAUCACCAUUUCCCUCCUUGAAAUUGGAUCACUCCCCCACUACUGCUGGAGCUCCCUCCCACCACCAAAGGAUAGUAGUCAUCCACUAGGAAGACCAGGGACAGUGAAGAAAUUUAGCAAUCUCUUAAAAGACAUCAAAGAUGUUCUUAAAAGUAUAGCAGGUGUUGAGGAGAUCACUACAGAAGGCAGGGAGUCUUUUGACAAUACCAGCACUUCUGAGGAUAUGUCAGAACCUAAAGUCAGAGUUGUUGAUAAGAGAAAAAAAAUGCGAUUUAGAGAUAUGCUCAUUAAUUUCCACCCAGAGAAAGAACGGAACACAAAGAAGCAGGAGAUGAUUUUGAAUAACCAGAGUGCUAAGAACACGAUGCAAGCGUAUGCAAGGGAUCUGUACAGUUCGGAAGGGAAGAGAGACUGUGAUGACAUUCAUCUGAACACGGAAAGAGGCCGGUAUGGAUCCCUUCACAUUCACAGGGGAUAUAGAAGAUUCAGGAACAACAUGGAGCAGUUACUGCAGGAAGCAGAUCACUGGAGUAGACAACACAACGAGCUCAGCCAACUAAUGAAGUCCUAUCAGAAGUGCCAGAAAGAAAGGAGAGAACCCUUUGAAAACAAUCGCAUCUGUUUCCAAAACCAGCCCAACAACGAACUGUCAGCCAAGCAGGAGCUGGAGGCGCAGGUUAAGAAGCUGAGCCACGACACACAUUCGCUGCACUUGAUCGCAGCCCUGCUGGAGAACGAAUGUCAGAUUCUACAGCAGAGGGUAGACAUUCUCAGCGAGUUCCAGCUCCAGGAAGCGGGACCCCAGCACGAGAGGCCACUGCAGGUGCAGGUGCAGGACAGGAAAUGUCCGAAGUUUGUGGAAGCAGACAGGAUGGAAGGUAACAAGCAGAUCCCGAGGGCAAUGGAGGGCAUGUUUCCUAGGAAAGAAAAGAUCUGCAGGAACUCUGAUGCAUGUCUCACAAAGAAGGCUCGGAAUAACCGCUUCAACACCCGCAUUGCAAGAAAAACUCUCUCGGGGAAAAGGAGAACCCUUAGCAGCUUCCAGUAG